CGCCCUUUUACCCGGCGCCACUUGCAAAUGGGCCUCCAAAAGAACUUUGCGGACCUCAAAGCGUCGUUCAAGCGGCCGUCGAAGGGCAACGAACCCAAGCUCUCGGCGGCCGAGUACGAGCGGCUCCGGCUCGAGCUCGAGGAUAUCUUGACCUUGUACGAGCCGUCGCAGAUUGGCACGGCGGCAAACCUGCUCAGGCACUACGACGGCCUCGAAGCCGAGCUCGUCGAGUGCUACCGGUCCUACUACUAUAAAGAGUCGCACGACGACGACCAUCCCAACCAAAUCGCACCUCCGACAUACUGCAGCGGCAACAACGACCUCGAGGACCGCAAGUCGCGCUUUGCGACGGCAGCGGCACUCCGGAAGCGUCUCUCGCUCGCGACGCCAUCAUUGUCGUCACUGGUGCCGUCCAAACUCCGCUCGCGAAGCGCCAAGGCCCACAAGCCGUCAAGCGCAACUAAGAUGGAGAGCAUCCGCGGCCCCGACGUCUGGCCCGAAACGUCCCCACCCAAGCCAGCGGGCGUCCCUGCGCACGGCUUCCGUCUGCCAAAGAAGUCGACACUCGUCGACUUGCUUCAGAAAGUCAAGCUGUCUCGUGACGCAACGCAGCUGCUGGAGGCCGACGCGGCGCCGCUGCAAGCAACGACCAUGUCCUUCCCGGCCCGGUGCUUGGACACGGGCGAGGACUACUUUAUGGACGAAGUCAACCACGAGGUGCUGGCGCGGCAAAAGGAUGUACAGUACAGCAAGCGCAAGAGCUUCCGCGAUAAGGUUGUUGUGUUUCUGCAGCAGUACGACAUGGCCGCGGUCGACUCGGUCGACUCGCUGCUUGCGUACGGCGGCAAGACCAACGACGAGAUCUGGGACGAUCUGCAAGUGCGUUCGCCGACGCUCCUGUCGCCGACGACGUUGUACAUGUAGUUGAUAUUCAUCUAGUUUUGUGUAUAGAUCCAAUACAAAGUGAACCAGCGAUCGCGGCUUCUCCAGUUGUUUCAGACGUACGACCCUGCGCAUGUGGCCGACGUGGACGCGCUGUUGACGGAAUAUGCUGCCAACGUGGAAGACAUGAUUGCGUUCUACAAGGCCAAGUUUGCCGAUCAGAAGAGCAAGGUCGUCAAGCGCAGUGAUCCGUGCACGUGGACACCUGGCGAACCCAACUCGUAUCAGCUUCUCCCGACAGGCAACUAGACGGGCAAAAAAUGUACUUACUGUAAUGUAAAAUGGUGAAUUGGAAAAGGACAAAAGAAGGGAAUGCUGCA